GAACAAUCCCUCUCCUCACAUUACUUCCCCUGACCUGAUCAGCUCUGCAGACGUAUCGCAUUAUUAAAUGUCGCAGAGUGAACGUCAUUGCUUUCGCAAAUUUAUUAUUUCAAACUGAUAGAGGUUAGCUACCACUCACUCAUUUGGCUCAUUUGUGAGAGCUCUCUCCUCCCGGUGCUGCUCUCUGCGGCCAAAUGCACGAGCAUAUAACCGGCUAGUUGUGUCAGAUGUUACAAACCUCCUGCGUUUAUACACGAAUGAAUAAAAAAUCCCAGUGUGUGCUGAUUGAUCCCAGUCAAUGCGUUUGAGUGUCAACAAACGGGCGGUCAGUAAACGAGCAAUUGUCACCCUCACCGGCGACUGUCCCCUCGAAAAAUCCAUCCGACUUCACUGAGUCGAGAAUAAAACCUGUUGGUGAAAGUGUUGGCCGCACCAGUGAUACAGGAACAUUUCGUAAUUCGCAAGCUUCAUUUGCUUGUUUUGUUUUUGUGUUCAGAGGUGUGAGGAACAAAAACAAGAAAAUUCUGGGAAUACAAGUGCCGGGGCCUGUGAUAUCCGUCAAAUUCCGAGCAUUGCAGGAGAAAAAGAAAAAUGGUUGUGUUGAGCAAUUUCUUCGCCCCCCAAGAAGGAAUUAGACAUGAGGAACAAAACACCACGCUCUACGUGGGCGACAGAGAAAUUGGAAAGGGUACACUGUACAUAACUGAAAGUGUCCUAGUGUGGCUCAACAGCACAACGCAGCAAGGUUUUGCCUUGGAGUAUCCAAGUAUCUCACUGCAUGCCACCUCUCGGGAUCAGAUGGUGCAUCCGCGCCAGUGUCUUUACGUCAUGGUUAACACUAAACUUGACCUGCCAGACGUAGAAUUAGAUCAAAAUGAAGGGAACGACUCCGGGGAAGACGACGAUUCCGAAACAUCCAUCACCGAAAUGAGAUUCGCUCCAGAUAAUGUUAAUAAUCUUGACGCAAUGUUUCAUGCAAUGAAUCAAUGCCAGGCGCUUCAUCCUGAUCCUCAAGACAGCUUUUCUGAUGCUGAAGAAGAUAUCUACGAGGAUGCUGAAGAAGAAGAUGAUUUCGAAUACUACGAAGUUGGAGGUGACGAUGCAUCUUAUAUUCUACCAUCAGAGCAAACAAUAGGAAAUCAUAAUGGCAAUGACGCAGACGAAGCGAUGGAUGUCGAAGCAGGCCAGUUCGAAGAUGCCGAGGAAGACCCCUAAAAUGCAAAGAAAAAUAAAAAAACAGAGUACAAGGGCUAUAAUUAAUAUGCAUUUAGGUUCUAUUAACACUGUAUAAUUUCCAACAUUGCUGAUUAAGAGGAAAAAAAAUCAAUCACACAAUGUAUCCUUAUUAGCUAACGUCGAUGAGUGUAUACUGACAUACACCCGCCAUUCUCGAAGCACUAAAACUUUAUUUAUAUUCAUUUUGUACAUGGCAAUACAAUGAUUUCCUAGAAAUAAACAUUAAUCAUAAAACAA